AUGAAGGAUCGUAUCGCGUUCCAGAACACCAAGGUGACCCUGGAGUCCAUGUCGUGCGUCCGGGUGAUUGGCCGUGGCGGCUUCGGCGUGGUCAAGAUGGUCCAGGCAGCGCCACGCGUCGCCCGCGAUCUGCUGCCUGCGGUGUUCCACCUGCGGACGGCCCUGGCGGCGAGCGCGUGCCCUGCGUGCCCCUCGCUGGAGUGCCCGCACGUGGCGCUGCCGGCGUGCCCCGGCUUGCAGUGCGGGGACUGCUCGUGCCCAGAGCCGGCCGGCCUGGGCGGGCUGGGGCCGCUCCUCUGGGCGGGCGCGGGCAUCGCGCUCGCGAGCGCCGUGGUCGGGGGCUUCACGGGCUUCCUGCUUGGCGCGCUCGUCGGCGUCCCGUGCGGCGGGCGGUGGGUGUGCCUCACGCCCGACUUGCAGCUGCAGAUCCACGAUCUCAAUGAUCAGAGACACAAGGUGCUCUCGAGGAGGGCAGCCUUCCUGGCCAACGUCGCGGCCGCUUCGUACGUGUUCGACGACGACGCGGUCUCGGCCGCCCAGAUGGAGGAGUUCAGGAGCCAGGCGAAGGUGCAGGCAGCGAUCUUGGGGGACGGCGAGUUCGACGACGUCGAGGUCCACAAGUGGGUCGUGUACCAGGUCGACGAUGAGCACUUCGGCAAGGAGGUGCCCGAGGAGGUGCUGGCGGACGGACAGAGGUUCGUCCAUCUCGGGAACCUCGGUGUCGUGGACUGGCUCGGUGCCAAGCGAUUCGUGGAGCGAGUCAGGGACGACAAGGUCGACGACUGGAAGGAGAAGCGAGAGUCUUCGGAGGGCGACUCGAGGAUCCUCGGCUUGCAUCGCAAGAGGGGGAAGCGGAACUUGGCCCUCUCGGAUGCGGUCGACCUCUUCACGGAGGAGACGUUCGACGACUGGCCUUUCCCCCCGCCUAGGGCCGCCAAGGAGUACCUGGAGUCGAUACGGGACGGGCCCGGCUCGAUGGUGGUGUACGAGAGCGAGUGGAGGCAGGACAGUGGUGUUGGCGACGGUACGGCGGCGCUUCACGAGCACCGCAACAACACCGAGGUCCUGCGGCUGGCCCACCAGGUGGACCAGCUCAACGUGCCAAACCUGGCGUGCUUCGAGCAGUUGGUGCGCAGGCAGAUCCAAAUUGAGAUGGCGGUCGAGAGGAACGCGAAGCACCCCGACUACGCCGGCCUGGACCUGGUCAUGGGCGGCCCGACUACGGAGAGCGGUGCGGCGGCCAGCGCGGGCUUCCGCGGCUGGAUCUACAAGAAGCAGGGAGAGCGUGCGCAGACCCUCAAGCAGUCUCGUCUUCUUCGUGAGGAGCGGCUCAACGAGGACAAGCGUCAUAGGAGUGGCAAAGCAUGUCCGUCCCCGCCGACAGUUUUGACCGUGGAGGCGCUGGCGUCCGGCGGCGACUCUGCAGCCAGAGGUGUGCGGGGGACGCCCUUGCAAUGCGACGUCCUGCAGCACGUCGCUCGGCGCGUCAAGGCGUACGGCCCGCCGCCUCGAGACCUGGACGAAGACGGAGCCCUCGCGGAGCUCCUUGCGUCCAGGGACCUGUACUCGCAGGAGCCGAAGAACCUCGCCGAGUACGACAUCUCGAAGCUCAAGAUCUGCCGCUCGGGCACCGUGGCGAAGGACGCAAAGACGCUCCUGCCGCCCGAGACGGCGGGCCUCAUCAAGCACUAUAAGCAUUGCGUGGAGCGUGAUGCAGAGCAGAUACUGGAAGCUCGGGCGGCUGUGGACUUUCCCAGGCCGUAUUGGGACCCGAAGCUGGCGCGGGACCACGACAGCCUCUUCGAGCUCGUGGGCCGCCUCAGGGACGCCAACCUCAUCGGCUUCCGCAAGAAGCUCAAGGCGAAGGUCGGCAUCUUUUUCGUCAAGAAGAAGGACCCCGCGUGGAUCAGGCUCAUCAUUGGCGCCCGGCAGGCGAACCGCUGUCACAAGACGCCGCCGAAGACACGGUUGGGUUCGGUUGGCGGCUUCUGCGAGCUGGACCUCUCGGACACCGCGUUGCAGGACCUCGGGGGCUUCGGCGGCAUCUCGGAGAUCUGGGGCGGCACCAGCGACGUCGACGACUGCUUCUACCAGAUGCUGGUCGAGGAGCUGGGGUCCUGGUUCGGGAUCGACCUCCCGCGGGCCGCGGGUGCCUGGGGGGUUACCCAGGUCUAUGACGACGACCUGGGUCGACGCGUGGCGGUCGGGCCUUCUGAGGUGGUCUACCCUGUCUUCCACGGCAUGGCCAUGGGGUGGGCGUGGGCGCUGCACUUCGCGAACGAGGCCAUCUCCCACCUGGCCACCAAGAGCGCGGUGUGCCCCCGCUCGCUGGUACGCGAGCGGACGCCGGCCCCAGUGCUGCGGGCGGGGCAGGCCGUGUCGGGCGUGUACGUGGACAACUUCACCACGCUCGCCGGCGACCGCGAGACCGCGCUCGACUCGGUCCAGAGGUUCAGGCACGCGGCGGAGGAGGCGCACAUCGGCACCCACGUCGACUCCGAGGUCGCCGUGGUCUUCGAGAGCCUCGGGGUGGUCUUCGACGGGAAGCGGAGGUGUCUGCGCCACGUGCCGCGACGCGCUUGGCGCGUCUACCUGGCCACUCGGGCCCUUCGGCGACGCCGCUGGAUCCACGGCAACGUCAUGGAGAUCUGGCUGGGGCACGUCGUCAACCUGUUCAGUCUGUCUCGGCCGGCUUUGGCGUGCCUGCAGGCAGUCUACCCCUUUGUCGCGGCGGCGCGCGGGAGGCGCGUCCGCCUUACGCCAGCCAUCAAGAAUGAGAUGCGGCUCGUGCAGGGGUUGCUGUUCCUGUCCGAGUACGACCUGGGGGCCGAUUUCAGCCACGAGGUGUACUGCUCGGACUCCUCGAGCUUUGGGUACGCCUUGCUGUCGACCACUGCGACGAGCUCGGAGCUUCGUGACCUCACCCGCUAUCGUGAAAGAUGGCGGUUCAAGCUCGUCGACACGCUGCCCGAGGUCGGGCUGCUUCGUCCAGAGUGGGUCGAGUACGCGGGGGGCCGCCUCGCGCCUGGAGGAUCGUGGGAGUUUCCUGAGGGUGCCUAUGCUGACGUUGCUGUGCGAGGGUCUCGACCCUGUGCCAUCGGCCCGCAGACGCAGUUUGGGCGCUCGCUGGAGGCAGCUUCCCAGGAGCGGCCUUUUUCCCGGCCUCGAGUCGGGCGCCGCUCACGGGAACCGCGGCCGCGGCCCAGGCAGGAGGAGGUCGAGGUCCCGAGCGCCGUGCCCCCCAUCGACCGCUGCUGGGACGAUCUCCGAAGGUGGAGGCAUCUUCGGGUCGGGCGCUGGCGCUGGACAGAGGAGCACAUCAAUGUCAAGGAAGGCCGCGUGUCCCUCUUCGGCCUUCGCCGAGCGACUCGCAGCCGCCACAACCACGGGAAGCGGGUCGCCUCUAUCGGGGACAACCUGGUCUCAAUCUGUGCCUUCGAGAAGGGCCGCGCGAAGUCGUGGGCCCUCAAUGCGCUGGCGAGGCGGGCGGCUAGUUACCAGAUUGCUGCUCGGAUCCGCUGGCACUCACGGCACGUCGAGAGCAAGCGCAACGUCGCCGAUGCCGGCUCGCGCCUGCACGAGACCGUGGCUCUCGAGCUCUUUGCCGGCGAAGCGGGCCUCACUUGUGCUCUCCGAUCCCGCGGGCUGCGGGUCGGGCCGCCGUUCGAACUGGAGCGUGGUGCGAAAUUCGACCUCACCAGGAAAAGCACUCAGAACCUCAUCAAGUCCUGGAUCCUCUCGGGCCUCAUAUGGUACAUCCACUUGGGUACCCCAUGUACGGUCUGGUCAGUGGCGAGGCGAGGGGUGUCUAAUCUUGGGAAGGCUUACGCUAAGGAGGCGGUGGCGGUGGAGCUGGCUCUCUUCACCGUGGAGGUCUGCGUCUUGGCCUCUAGAUGUGGGGUCCUCUGGAGCCUGGAGAACCCCUCGUCGUCAGGUCUCUGGGAGUUCAAGCCUGUCGUGGACCUCAUGGGGCUCCCCAAGGUCUUCAAGGUCUCCUUCCACAUGUGCCAGUAUGAGGUCCUGCACAAGAAGCCCACCACAGUGCUCACCAACCUAAGUGUUCUGGGGGUCAUGUGCAUCGCGUCCUUGAAGGGCAGGAGCGAGUCUUGGGAGCAGAUGGACCAAGUUUUGUCAACCAGUGGGAUGAAGAUCUUGCCUCGCUUGUCGGACGGCGACGGUAUCCAGCCGUCCAGGGAGCGCCUCCGCGGAGUGGUGAAGGGAGCGAUUCUGAAGUCCCCGCUCGAGCGACGGACUACAUCCGCGACCACAGGCUACGGUUUGGCCGCCACCGCCCGCUCUGGGCCGCGGAGGCAGAAGGCACUGAGGAGGCAGGCGGUGGCCGCUAGAGCUGCUGCGCCUCCCGAUCGCUUCCUCCAGGAGAGCACGGCUGGCGAUAAGGCGAAGGACAUCUACCGCCGCGAGCUGGAGAAGUUCUACGACUGGGCCGAGCAGCAGAGCCGUCCCGUCGGAUCCCUCUCGCUGGCGACGACGAUGAAGGAGUAUUUCUUCAGCAAGUUCCAGGAGGGCUAUGGGCCGAGCGUCGGCCGCGCCGUCUUCUUCGGUUACUUGUUGCUGAAGUCCAACAACUACAAGCAGGAGCGGGAGCGCCUCAGCGACGUCGAGAGAGCGAUCGCCGGCUGGGCCAAGCGGUCCCGCGAGGUGGUGAAGGACCCUGCGCCCCAGGAGGUGCUGCUGGACAUGGGCGCGUGGAUGCUGGACAACGGCCGCGGUGAGAGCGCGGCGUGCUUGGCCCUUCAGCUGGACGACUACGGGCGCCCGUCCGAGAGCGUCGAGCUGGUGGUAGGCAACAUGCUGCCGCCUGUCCCAGGUGUCCGCGGCACGGCUUCGCGGGACUGGGGCGUCGUCUUCGCCCCCGCGGAGCUCGGCUUCGUCACUAAGACUGGCCAGGUCGACGACUCCGUGGUGUUGGGCAGUCCUUCGCGGCCGUGGGCUCCGAAGGUGGCUGCCGCGCUGGUUCAGCGCGUGACGCAGACUUCCGGCGGCCGCAGCAUGCCAGCAGAUCCUCGCGCUCCUCUUUUUCGCAGCUUGACCUUGGCAAAGUACGAGCACGACUUCAAGGCAGCGUCGAAGGCCCUCAACUACACUAAGCUGAACGUGACGCCUCACACCGUCAGGCACACCGCCCCGUCUCACGACAUCUAUCACAAGCAUCGGAACCUUGAGCAGGUGCGUCGGCGCGGCCGUUGGGCGGCCAAGAAGAGUGUGACCAGGUACGAGCGCCAUGCCAAACUGUUGAAGCAGUACAACAAGCUCGACCGCGUCCAGAUCUCGAGGAUGAACCGUUCAGCCCAGUCGUUCCCAGACAAGUUGUUGAGCUACCUGAGGAAGCGCUGA